GUGGCCAAUACAAUUUUCAGCCACUUGCUCACUACAGGCUCUUUGGACUCGAGCAGAUACUAGACGCCUUCGACUCGAACUCGGAUACUCUGCAGCUCAAAGUCCGCAUGAAUGUUCCACGAGAAACGAGAGAUUGAUCAAGGGUUGUCGGACAAGGGAGCUCGGACGUCAUGGUCAGUAGUAUCGAUUUGGGUCACCCGAUGCACAUCCUGCUUUUGCCUGGUACUAGUAAGACACAGUGCUUUAAGUUCGUUCACGAGUUCAAUCAACACGCACUGCUGACUGGUACGAAGUCCAUGUACGUGUCACAUCGUCUCAACAUGCUGGUUUCCCGAUGUGAAGCUCGCGUUCACUCACGCAUGGACGCACCCGCAUUACAAGUUCGACGCCGUAUGCACAAUUACCCUCGCUCGCAUUCAUCGAGCGACCAGAAAGCCUUUGUCGUUGUCUUGAGCGCCUCAGCGCCCUGUCAGAAGACGAAACGAGGGUACUUAGGAGGCAUGGGAGACCGAAACAUGAGAGCGGUGAGCGCUUCAUGCUGGUAUCAAGAUGGGCUACAUAUAGACGACUCAAGUGCAGGUAGAUGAAGAUGCGUGCGUAGCAUCAGAACCUGAUAUGGGCAUGAAGGUGUCCAGUGCUGGUUUCGGUAUUGAUGUCAUUUUCUAGUGGUCUUAGCAACUGAACUAGUCUAAACAGACAUGGAAUGUAUUUGUGUCGUAGACGGUCACGAUCCUCGGACAACGUCCUACCUCAUCUUUAUGCGUCGCCUUUGAGCGAUACAAAGGCGUCCUCCGGUACAUUCACGAGACGGGAUGAUUCCACUGACCAAACCUGAAGAUCCUAGAAGACAAAUGGUAAGAUUUCGUAUCAAGCAGGGAGACGCUCGGUGUGGGCGGGCUUGAUGCCGUCCAUAUGGAUACAUUUCCAAAAACUGCGAGGACAUGGCUGUCCGAUGCUACGGUGUUGUGUGUGGGCGAUGAAUGUCUAUGGGACUAUUGGCGCUACCUAGUUUAUUUUCAUCGCCUCCCCGAUUAUCUUUCAUCUCACAUCCACAUCAUACUUCCAUUUCUACCGGGACCGAUCGAUUCUGUCCUCAUUUCGUG